GUCCUGGUUCAAGGUGAUGGAUAUAAAAAUAAUAUCUGUUCCAUUUCCUUUUUAGUUUGACGUUGACUGGCACCACCACCGGACUGAGAUUGUUUUUGAAUUCCCACAACAUGAAGCUGAGACCUGGCAGUGUGCUGCUGCUGGUGGCGCUGGCAGCCACGACACUCACUUCCUAUGCAGCACCGUUCAUGUGCCCUAGCGGGGAUGAGCCCGUGUGUGGCAGUGACGGCCAAACCUACCCUAACAAGUGCUUACUGGACAUCAUGAGGAAAUUCAAUGCUAACAUCACUGUGACCUAUAAAGGAAAGUGCGCCGGUACUAAGAUGGACCCGUGGCAGAACACCAGCGGGGACAAAGAGCUCACCGAGGAACAGCUGCAGCACAUUGAGGGACAAGUGGAAAUCGUUAGCGGUCAGCAACAAAGCAUUAGUGAACAGCAGCAUCAGACCAGCGGUGAAACGCAAGAUAAACAGCAAACUCUAAACACACAGCAACAAACUAUCAAACAGCAACAACACACCGUUAACAAGCAGCAGUUUCUUCCCGAUGUCCUGCAAUACAGCACCGGUAUGCAGCAGUCUCCCAGUUCACAGCAGAAAUACACGGUCGAGCAGCAGCAACUCAGCACUGGACAACAACAGCCUACCAAUCAGCAGAAACAAACAGAACAGCAGCAAGACUCGACUAAAGAUAAGCAGGAAGCAGAAUCCAAGUAUACCAAAUAUUACAAGUGGCACAAGUACAUGGCCACAGAAAAUCCAGAGCAACUGUUUGGCUGGUACCGGUACAUGACAGCCUCACAUCCAGAGGUGUUCUAUAACUGGUACCAAUACAUCACCUCGACCAAUCCAGAAGUAUUUUACAACUGGUAUCUUUACAUGGUCAAAGCCUACCCACAGGUCCUCUCCAGCUGGUUCCAGGACAAACCCUCUGGACUCUAUAGCGACUACCAGCAACAGACGGGUGAACAGAAGCAACACAGCACCACAACACUAAACAUGCAAGCAAUCAACCAGAAUGUGCUGCACUCUUGGGAUUUGAACAAACCUCCAACUUUUACUGGCGUGGACAGCAAACUCACAGACACACAAGAGAUGCGUCCUACAGACACUCUAAUACAGCAACAACCUAACGAAUUAAAGCUGCAUCACACCUUUAUACAGCAGAAGCGUCCAGCAUCACAGCUGCAUUACACCUCUGAACAGCAACACUCUCAAACAUCACAGCAGCAAAACAUCUUUGAACAGGAACAAACUCAAGCAUCACAACAAACCGUUGAACAGCAGAGUCCAGUAUUACAGCAACAAACCUUUGUUGAACAGGAAAAAACUCAAACGUCACAGCAACAAACCGUCGUUGAACAAGAAAAAAGUCAAACGUCACAGCAACAAACCGUCGUUGAACAGCAGAUGUCUCCAGCAUCACAGCAACAAAUUAUUGUUGAACAACAGAAGCGUCCAACAUCACAGCAACAAAUCGUUGAACAGCAACAAACUCAGUUAUCACAGCAGCAAAAUAUUUUUGAACAGGAACAAACUCAAACAUCACAGCAACUAAACAUCGUUGAACAGCAGAAGCGUCCAGCAUCACAGCAACUUAACAUCGUUGAACAGCAGAAGCGUCCAUCAUCACAGCAAAAAAUCGCUGAACAGCAACAAACACAAACAUCACAGCAACUAAACAUCGUUGAACAGCAGAAACGUCCAGCAUCACAGCAACAAAUCGUUGAACAGCAACAAACUCAAACAUCACAGCAACAAACUCAAACGUCACAGCAACUAAACAUCGUUGAACAGCAGAAACGUCCAGCAUCACAGCUGCACUACACCACUGAACAGCAACAAACUCAAACAUCACAGCAGCAAAACAUCUUUGAACAUGAAGAAAGUCAAACAUCACAGCAAAAAACCAUCGUUGAACAGCAGAAGCGUCCAGCAUUACAGCAACAAAUCGUUGAACAGCAACAAACUCAAACAUCACAGCAACAAAACGUCUUUGAACAGCAGAAGCCAGCUUCACAGCAACAAAUCGUUGAACAGCAAACUCAAACGUCACAGCAACAAACCAUCGUUGAACAGGAAAAAAGUCAAACAUCACAGCAACAAACUGUCGUUGAACAACAUACGCGUCCAGCAUCACAGCAACAGAUUAUCAUUGAACAGCAGAAGCGUCCAGCAUCACAGCAACAAAUCGUUGAGCAACAACAAACUCAUACAUCACAGCAACUAAACAUCGCUGAACAGCAGAAGCGUCCAGCAUCACAACAACAAAUCGUUGAACAGCAACUAAUUCAAACAUCACAGCAACAAAACAUCGUUGAACAGCAGCAAACUCAAGCAUCACAGCAACAAAACCCCGUAGUACAGCAGCACCGCCCAGACUCACAGCUGGUGCACCUCAUUGAACACCAACAAUUUCUGCCACCACAGCUGCAAUACUUCGCUGAACAGCAUCAACGACCAGCCUUACAACCACAAUACUUCGUUGGACAGCAACUUCCGCCACCACAGCUGCACUACUUCGUUGAACAGCAGAGGCGUCCAGCAUCACAGCAACAAACCACCGUUGAACACCAACAAACUCAAACAUCACAGCAAAAAACCAUCGUUGAACAGGAACAAGCUCAAGCAUCACAGCAACAUACCAUUAUUGAACAGCAGAAGCGUCCAGCACCACAGCAACAAGUUAUCGUUGAACAGGACCAGACUCAAACAUUACAGCAACAAAACAUCGUUGAAGUUGAACAGCAGAAGCGUCCAGCAUCACAGCAACAAAACAUCUUUGAACAGCAAAAAACUCAAGCAUUACAGCAACAAAACAUCCUUGAACAGCAACAAACACAAUCAUCACAGCUACAAAACAUUCUUGAACAGCAGCAACGUCCAGCAUCACAGCAACAAUACACCACUGAACAGCAACAAACUCAAUCAUCACAGCUACAAAACAUCCUUGAACAACAGCAACGUCCAGCAUCACAGCAACGAUACACCACUGAACAGCAACACAGCCAAACGUCACCGCUGCAAUACACCCCUGGACCGCAGCAUCGUAGCGUAAUAAGGCUGCAAUACACCAUAGAAGGCCAGCAAGCUUCAGCACCGGUAUACAUCCUUGAACCGGUACCGUCUCCUAACUCACAGCAGCAAUUCUCUGUCCCGCAGCAGUACACACCUGGACUGCCCCGGCCUGGCACUCAGUAUCGCCAGCUUAUCGGCUCUCUGUUUUACUUACCUCUUCAAGACACCACUGUCAAGAAGGCUGAUGUAGGGCUCACUGCUUACCCCACCCAGCCUGACCAGCGGGAGGACACACUCACUACCCAACACAAGCUCAGUUACAAUGCAUUCCAGAGCACCCCAGAACAGCAGCAGUCCAAGGUGACAGUAGGUGGGCCAAACCAAGGUAGACCCUCCGUUCAAUCUGGUGUACUCUACAACUACCGGAAGCAAAGCACAUACCAGUCACAGCCACCAGCACAGUCCAAGGUGGUUUAUACUACUUCCUACCAGAACAAGCCCGUGGUAGUCAGUAGCCUGAACACCCUCACAACAGCUGCCAAACCCGCGCUUUAUGAUUCCUACCAGCAGGGCUCCGCUACGAAAUUUGUUUACACUCCCUACCACAACACAGCGAUCGCCAAGCCACAAGUAUAUCAAUGGAACAAGUUACCUGCUCCCCAAAUGAAGCCAGUUUCUCCUUCCUCCCAGAACAAACAAAAGCCUAUUGUCUUUUCUCUGUAUUACAAUUAAGAAGCAGUAGGUUUGUCUGUCUGUCUGUCUGUCUGCCUCUCAUUCUCAGCCCCGUGAACGGCGCUAAAAGCCUAACUAUAUGUAUAAACUGGUCACAUUCCAAUAUUUCUUCAUCUUAGCCACAGUUGUCUUAAAGAAUGAAUAAAAUAAAACUAAUAAUUCAAAUGCGUGGUGUUCCUCCUCAGCAACUACUACUUUUCUGGGAGAAUUGUUGCCUUCAAGAACUUUUAAACUGCUUCAAUAAACCCCUACCUA